AUGAAGCGGCGCAAUGCAGACUGCGGAAAAUUACGGCGUCCGAUGAAACGCAACAAAAUUACAGAGGGCAUGUACGGCAGCACGACUGUUUUGUACAUGAAAUUUCUAAUUCUGUGGGCCAUUGUGAUGGUGGCCGAUUUCAUGUUCAUGUUCCGUUUUGAGUUCUUGUGGCCAUUCUGGCUGCUCCUGCGCUCAGUGCACGAUUCCUUCAAGUACAAGGGCCUGGCAUUCUCCGUGCUAUUCGUCUGUAUUGCGAUAACAUCGGAUCUGGUCUGCUUAUUUUUCAUACCCGUUCACUGGCUGCUCUUUGCGGCCAGCACAUACGUCUGGGUGCAGUACGUCUGGCAUACAGAUAAGGGUAUCUGUUUGCCGACCAUCAUACUCUGGAUGUUGUUUGUCUAUCUCGAGGUGGGCAUUCGAUGGAAAGACAGUCGCCACAUGCCGCACUUGGAUCUCUGCAGGCCGUUCGCGGCGCAUUGCAUUGGCUAUCCGGUUGUCACGCUUGGAUUCGGCUUCAAAAGCUACGUGGGCUACCGCAUGCGUCAGCGCAAGCAGCGCGAGGUGGCCAAGGAGAACGAGUUCUACAUGCAGCUCCUGCAGCAGGCCCUGCCUGCCGAGGAGGCCACCGAUGAGGCGGCGGCUGCGUCUGGAGCCCCAGCAUCUUCGAGCACAAUUGUGGUCGCCAAUGGGUCGGUCACAACGGCGGCGCUAGCCGCCGCUGCAGCCGCAUCGGCCGCGGGGCAUCCCAAUGGCAUUUUGGGAUCUGUAACGCAAGCACAAAACCAUCAUGAGCAUCAUCACAGCGGCGGCGCCGGCGCCAGCAGCAGUUCAAGCAAUAGCAAUCACCAUAAUCAUCACCAUCACAACAACAAUAAUAACAAUAGCAGCAACAGCAAGGAUACCAGCGCGAAUGACAACAACAAUAGCACAACGGCGUCGUCGCCAUCGUCAGCCGCUGCAGGGGCAGGGACAGGAGCAUCGACGGCGGCGUCAUCCACACCCUCAUCCUCCUCCUCGUCGACAGGAGGCAAGCAAUCGGCGACGGCAACAAGCACAGGUGCAGCAACCACUUCUACCACUUCUGUUUCAUACUGCUACCUCUCUGCUGCUGCAACUACAGCAAGCUUGGCGGUGACACAGAAUCAGCAACCGGGAGAUGCAGCAGCAGCAUCAGAACACCCAUCUUCUACUUGUACUUCUUCUACUAGCUCCUCUACUUCCACUGAUGCCGAUGGUUGUUGUGGUGCAACCUCCAAUGGUCACGCUGGGGGAGGCGGCGGUGGUUCAAGGAACAAUCGACGCAGCACGGACAAGGAUAAGCAUCGGAAUAAGGUUGACGCUGGUGAUAAUGAGCACAACAAUGGUCCGCAGCAGCGGCAUGGGGGUAAAAAUAGCAGCAGCAGCAGCAACAACACCAACAACAACUAUCACCAGGUCGAUGGCAGCAGUACAGCAACAGGAACGUCAGCUGCAGCAGCAGCUUCCACAGCAACAGCCCCAUCAAGUAAUAGUAAGGAUAAGGAUAAGGAUAAGGAGAGGUCAGACUGGGAUAGUAGCACCAACUCUUCACAACAACAGCCACAGGGGGGACAGCCAAAGGACAAACACGACAAAAAGGCCAACAACGUGAUGCCCAAUGGGAAUGCUCUACACGCCGAGGCAGAGGAGGCGGCCAGCGUGGAGCCAGCUCCGCAGGUUGAGAAGGCGCCCAAGGGUCGUCGCAAUCGCGGCAAGAAGGAUAAUGCGACCAAGGACAAUCACAGCCAGCAGCAGCAGGUUGCUCAGCAGCAAAAGGAGAAGGACAAGGAUAAGGAGAACACGGCCAGCAACAACAACAAUAAUGAUGCCAGCUCCGUAUCUUCGUCGACCAGCUCCAGCUCGAGCAAUGCCAUUGCGCACAUUGCCAGCAAAGUGGUGUCUAAAAUAUGCGAGACUUGCCUCAAACUGGAGGCCGAUGUGAAGAAAUAUCGCGCCGAAAUCAGUCACAUGAAGCAAAUCGAGAACGAACUCCGCCAGAAGCUAGACACCAAUCUCACCAGCAAGUCCAGUCUACAGGCCAAGCAGAAGGAGUGUGAGGAGCUCGAGAAGCGCAACCAGGAGCUGAACAAUGUGCGGCAUGCGGAAGCUCUCAACCUUCAGACAGUGGAGCGGCGCCUUAACGAGGAGCGACGGCAGAAGCAAUCAUUGGACGCCCAGUUGGCCAACGAGAAAAAGGCACGCAAGGCAGCCGAGGAGAAGGCAGCUCGUCCCGAAUGCAGCUCCCAGUGCAAGCAGCGUCGCCAGCAAAUGGAUGAUGAGCUGAAGCGAUUGCGGAACGACCUCAAGCUAACGGAGGAGACCAAGCAACUGGCCGUAGAGCAUGGCCUCAAAUACGAGCAAGAGUACCGCAUGCUGGAGGUGAAUGUGCGCAACCGCGAAUCUUCGCAGCCCGAUGCUGAGAUGCUUAUGAAAGCCCUCGCUGCCAUGCAGGAGAAGAACUCGAUGCUGGAGAAGAAUCUAUCCGCAGAGACGAGAGUCAAGCUGGACUUGUUCUCGGCUCUGGGCGCAGCCAAGCGCCAGAUUGAAAUAUCCGACAACCAUCGUCGCUCCAAGGAGGAUGAGGUCAUCGAUCUCAAGGCCAAGAUUGCCCAACUUCUGGCCGUGAUGCCAGACACAAUGUGCAUGAACACGGGCCCCCACGGACCGGGCAGCAGUAUUCUGCGCAUGAAUGACACUCCGCCACUGCAGUCGGGCCCUGGACCGUCAUCGCCGAUGCUGAGCCUAAGCGGCGCGCAGGAAUAUCAACAGCAUCAGCAGCAUCUUCAGCAAAGGAGUCAGCUGCAGCAGCAACAGCAACAGCAGCAGCAGCAACAGCAACAGCAACAAAACAAUCAGCAUCAGCAGCACCUGCAGCAAAGGAAUCAAAUGCAACAGCAGCAUCAACAGCAUCUUCAGCAACGGCAUGAGCAACAGUUGCAGCACCAACAACAACAGCAGGGGGUUCCUCCCUGCUCCCAGCAGCAAAUGGUGCCGGUGAGUGUGGCUGCUGCUCUCCAGGUGGCUGCUGCCAAUGCAGCUGCCGCAAAUGGGAACGGCAACAAUGGCAACUCCACACUGGAUCCCAAUGCCAGCGUCUACACGCCCAAGACAGGCAACAUGAUGGUUGUGUCGCCUGUGGGAAUGAACCCCAACGGCACGGAUGCCUGACGCCAGCAGAAGCAGCAGCCCUUGACGGUGUCGUCGUCGUCGUCAUCGUCUUCGCAUCUGCAUCUGAGACGACAACUCUGAGAUUAUAUUUUACAUGAGGGAGGGAGAAUACGCCGCAGGCCGCCGCAGCCGCAGCUGCAACCGCAUCUGCUGUCGAAGCCGCAAUUGCAGUCUCAGCAACCCAAUCGGCCAAUGAGCACGAGCAGAGAGAUCCCCGGGCACGACCCGAACCGAAGGCUAAAACCGAACCGAGGCAGUUCGCCUGCAAAUAUCUGAAUGUCCGUAAUAAGAAUAAGAAUAAUAAGCAGUUUCUUACGAACACUGAACACAUCCCCGCGCCACAUUAAUCACAUUAGAACGAACCGAUUCCUAACCUUACCACACUCAAAUUGGCAUUCCAAUUGAAAUUAUCCAAUGGUUUACUCUGAACAGCCACUGAUCCCAUCUUAGUCAAGCCACUGCUUGGAGUCAGUUGCUCCACCCCACGUCCGCAUCCAUAUCCGCAUACGCAUACACAUCCGCAUCCGCAUCCUCUCCACUCAACACACACGAAACACACCUUUGGGAGAGUCUGGCUCGCCCUUGAAAUACGGAAAGUAAAACAUUACUUUAACAAAAUGAUUAAAAACUUAAAUCACAUUUAAGAGAAAGCAUAAGAAACACACAGAAAUUUCUAAAAAUAAUAACAAAAUGAAAAACGCGAUUCGUAUUUUUAAUUGAUGAUCGAAGUAUGGAUCCGAUCCUCUGAACCACGUAUUUUUCUUUUUACCAAACGCUGUGAGAGAGUUGGACGAACCUAAGUGAUGGCCUUUGAUAAGGGGGACCUGUACCCCCCGACUCAAUGGAAUAUUUUUGAAGUCUGCGCCUUUGAUUUAUUAUCUCAUUAAAUUAUUUUUUGUUAUAAAACCUUAAAUGUACGCUAUAAUUUAGAAUUUAAUCUUUUUGAAACACCCCCAACAUCCACAACAACACAACUAUCAAACAAAACUAUUUUCUAUUUAAGUUUUAAUUUAUUUUUGUUUAACUUUUUUUGCUGUUCCUAAGAAAAAAAUCGAAAAAACAAAACACAUUAAGAAGAAAACGCUAAGUUCAUUAACGAAGAAGUAAAACGACGAGACGACCAUUUUGUUCAAUAAUAAAAGAAGAAACAACAAGUUUUAUUUGCUGCAAGAAGACAGUACACCACAUA